GAGGGGGCAGCCACAGCAGACAGCGCGCGUCCCCGAGCUCCCGGGAGCGCGCAUCCACCAGCUCUGACAUCACACAGCCUCAGCAUGGCGCUCAAGUUUACUAAGAGAGCUGACCCCAAUGAGCUGAAGACUAUAUUUUUAAAGUAUGCCAGCGUCGAGAAAGAUGGGGAACAUUACAUGACUUCAUCUGACUUUGUGCAGAAAUAUCUUGGCCUGCACACUGACCAGCCCUACAAUCCCAAAACUGUGGAGCUGUUAGGAGGAGUCGCCGAUCAGACCAAAGAUGGGUUGAUCUCUUUCCAAGAGUUUCUGGCAUUCGAGUCGGUGUUGUGUGCCCCUGAUGCUAUGUUCAUUGUGGCUUAUCAGUUAUUUGAUAAGAGCGGCACUGCGGAGGUAACAUUCGAGAAUGUUAAGGAAAUAUUUGGCCAAACCAUCAUCCAUCACCAUAUCCCAUUUAACUGGGAUUGCGAGUUCAUCAGACUUCACUUCGGGCACAACCGCAAAAAACACCUUUCCUACUUGGAAUUCACGGAAUUCUUACAGGAGCUGCAGCUAGAACAUGCUCGACAGGCAUUUGCUUUAAAGGACAAAAAUAAAUCUGGGAUGAUAACUGCUUUGGACUUCAGCGACAUUAUGGCUACUAUACGGUCACACAUGCUUACACCAUUUGUAGAAGAAAAUCUAGUCUCUGCUGCAGGAGGAACCAUCUCCCACCAAGUGAGCUUCUCUUAUUUCAAUGCUUUUAACUCCUUGCUCAACAACAUGGAGCUUAUACGGAAGAUAUACAGCACUUUAGCGGGCUCCAAAAGAGACUUGGAGGUCACCAAAGAGGAAUUUGCUAAUUCUGCAAACAAAUUUGGACAAAUCACUCCUUUGGAAAUUGACAUUCUUUUCCAGCUCUCCGAUUUAUUUAAUGCUACUGGACGUCUAGCUCUUACAGAUAUUGAAAGAAUAGCACCUUUAGAGGAGGGAGCACUACCUUAUAACCUGGCUGAACUCCAGAAACAGCAAUCAUACAGUGACGUGGGUAGGCCCAUCUGGCUCCAGGUUGCUGAGUCUGCCUACAGAUUCACAUUGGGCUCAAUUGCUGGAGCGGUGGGAGCGACAGCUGUUUACCCAAUUGACUUGGUGAAGACUCGGAUGCAGAACCAACGAUCCUCCUUUGUUGAAGAGCUGAUGUAUAAAAACAGUUUUGACUGCGCUAAGAAAGUAAUGCGCUACGAGGGCUUUUUUGGACUUUAUAGAGGUCUACUACCACAACUUGUAGGAGUUGCACCUGAAAAGGCUAUUAAAUUGACGGUUAAUGAUUUGGUUCGAGACAAGUUUACUCAGAAAGACGGUUCGAUUCCGCUCCUGGCUGAAAUCAUGGCUGGAGGCUGUGCAGGAGGCUCCCAAGUCAUUUUCACAAACCCGCUGGAGAUUGUCAAGAUUCGCUUACAGGUCGCAGGAGAAAUUACUACAGGCCCCAGAGUCAGUGCCAUCACCGUAAUCAGAGACUUGGGCUUCUUUGGCCUCUAUAAGGGUGCCAAAGCCUGCUUCCUGCGUGACAUCCCAUUCUCUGCCAUCUACUUCCCUGUCUAUGCACACUGCAAGACCCAGUUUACUAAUGAAGAGGGACACAUAGGAGCGUUACAGCUACUGACAGCUGGUGCUAUCGCAGGUGUACCUGCGGCUUCUUUAGUAACCCCUGCCGAUGUCAUCAAGACGAGACUGCAAGUGGCAGCUCGGGCCGGUCAAACAACCUACAAUGGUGUCAUCGACUGCUUUAGAAAAAUCCUUAAAGAAGAAGGAGCAAGGGCAUUGUGGAAAGGAGCCGGAGCUCGAGUGUUUCGAUCCUCCCCACAGUUUGGUGUGACACUGGUGACCUAUGAACUUCUGCAGAGAUGGCUUUAUGUUGACUUUGGAGGGAUCAAACCUUCUGGGACAGAACCUUCUCCAAAGACGAGAAUCUCCAACCUGCCUCCUGCACAUCCGGAUCACAUAGGCGGCUACAGACUGGCCACCGCAACCUUUGCCGGAAUAGAGAACAAAUUUGGCCUUUACCUGCCAAAGUUUCGAUCCGACGUGGCUCCAGCUCAAGCCAAAGCUCCCCCCUCUGUAUAAAACAGACGCAUCUACGGGUGCAAGCGCGACAUAGUAUUUAAAAAGGUUCCGCACAGUGCAGUAUCUCCGGUCGAUUGCAUGUGAGUUUAUCCGAGCUGCUUGUCCCGUUUUUCUACGAUAUAUUCAUUUGUUGAGAGGUGAAUCGCCUGUUUGCACAGAAGGGGGUUACCCGCUUUAGGCUGGGUUCACAUCACGUUUUCUCCCAUACGGGAGCGCAUACCGCAGGGGGGAGCUAAAACCUCGCGCUCCCGUAUGCCUUCGUAUGCGCUUCUGUA